GCCUGACAGAGAUGCUCACACUCCAGCAACACUGUGAGGGAGUAACGAGGAGAGUCUGGAGUUAUGGAAACACAGACGACACGGUAAAGAACGUUUUCUCCCGUUUCUUCAGACGAUUCGCGGACGGUUGAUUCCGCUUUGGAGUUGGACAACCGGAUUCUAAAAUAAAGUGUUGCGAACGGCACUUGUACACUCAUUUAUAUCUGCGGGCCUGUGUUUGGAAAGUAGAGCAGAAUAACAACAUCGCAGCGAGGGAGGAAUGAAAUCCACCGCUCAUUUCGGAACCCGCGGCGCACGUCGUUUUUAGUCCAGAACAUAACCUGUUACUCAUCGUGCACAGUCUGUUCGCUUCUCUGAGUGAGUGGGCUAUAGAAAACGGGAAAUAUAGAUUUGAUUGAUCUUAUUGAGGGCUAGUCUACUAUCGGCUUCCCUCGCGUGUCAUGCACCUUUAUUAUCAGAUAUGAGGCAAACAGCGUGACGACAUAGCCACCAAAUAACGUCAAUGCUUUCCCAGGAGGGUAAAAAACACAACAACACUCAAGUUAACUAUUGAAAGCAAUUUCACUCAAACAUGAGUUCUUCCGGCGGCAGAAAGGUAGAUAUUCUAUAUGUCGGUGUGUUUGACUUAUUAUUUCCAUGGAACUAAAAUUGGGAAAUUAAUUUAGUCCAUUUCCCCGGAGCGAGUUGUUUUUUUUGGGGUAGCUUCAUCUUGCGACACGUGAAAAUAGCGUGCACGUUUGGAGUUACGAUGCUGGUCACUUGGGUCACAUUUAUUCAAGCGUUCCUAAUACUGCUGGUGAAAGGAACCGACCAAUGGAGCCUCCGGGAGUCCUCUAACUGCGAGCUCAAUAAGAAACAAAGUGAUCUGAACUCUUUCCUGUGGACCAUCAAACGUAACCCUCCGUCCUACUUCUACGGCACGAUCCACGUCCCUUACACGCGCGUCUGGGACUUUAUCCCAGAGAACUCCAAGAAGGCUUUCCAGGAGAGCAACAUGGUUUACUUGGAGCUGGACUUGACCGAUCCCUACACCAUCUCAGCCCUGACCAGCUGCCAGCUCCUCCCCCAGGGGGGAACCCUACAGGAUGUUCUACCCAGGGACAUCUACGGACGCCUCAAGAGGCACUUGGAGUACGUCAAGCUCAUGAUGCCGUCGUGGAUGACUCCUGACCAGAGGGGUAAAGGACUCUACGCUGACUACCUGUUUAAUGCAAUAGCUGGGAACUGGGAGAGGAAGAGGCCUGUUUGGGUGAUGUUGAUGGUGAACUCGUUGACGGAGGCGGACAUCAAGACGAGGGGUGUCCCGGUGUUGGAUCUGUACCUGGCUCAGGAGGCAGAGAGGAUGAGGAAGAGGACAGGAGCCGUUGAGAAGGUGGAGGAGCAGUGUCACCCACUCAAUGGACUGAACUUCUCUCAGGUGAUCUUUGCCCUGAACCAGACCCUUGUACAGCAGGAGAGUGUGAGAGCAGGCAGUCUGCAGGGCUCCUACACCACUGAGGACCUCAUCAAGCACUACAACUGUGGAGACCUCAACUCCAUCAUCUUCAACCAUGACACCUCUCAGGUCCCCAACUUCAACAAUGUGACCCUGCGCCCCAGCGAACAGAUAACAGCCCAGGAGAUCGACAGCUACUUCAGACAGGAACUGAUCUACAAGAGGAACGACAGGAUGGGGAACAGGGUCAAGGCUCUGAUGGAGGAACACCCUGACAACAGCUUCUUCUUCGCCUUCGGAGCAGGUCACUUCCUGGGCAACAACACAGUGAUUGAUGUGCUGAGGAGUCAGGGCUAUGAAGUGGAACACACUCCUGCAGGGCAACCCAUUAGCAGUCGAUCGAAACCCUCUACCGACCAGACGGGUCGUUCUCUGGGUCAGAACCUGGAUGAGUCCCCUUACCUGGAGCCUUUCCUCCACGAAUUCCAUGACGAGGAGCAACAGCACCCUCUGCAGGACAACCCACUACCCCACAUACUGCUGCCGCCUCAUCGCUCCCACAGCCUGGAGCUGAUGGACACGCUGGACCGCAAGCUGAAGCAGAAACGACGAACCAAACAGAGGAAACAUCAGAGAAACGGACAGUUUAAUGACCUCUGGAUCCGCAUCGAAGAGAGCACCACAGUCCAGUUUCCUCCUCCUCCUCCUCCUCCUCUGGUGCGUAUCACCAACGGUUACGUCACCGUAGGACCUCACCACCAUGACCUUGAAAGAGGCCUCGCCCAUGGCCACGACAGAACCAAUCACCACAGGUGGUCGUCAGGCUGCUCCGCCUCCACGCCGCUGUCUGUCAUCUGGUUGCAGUUAACAGUGUUGGUUCACACCUGGACUCUGGUAGUAACACUAGUCUGAAGCAUGAGGUUGUUGGUUAAACUUUUGCACACAAACUGGAAAACAAUCCUUAUCAAUCUAUUUCAAAAACACUGUAAUUCUGUAUACUGUUAACGGUGUUGGGUGACAUCUGGACUGCAGAUCUAAUGCAGAAGGUUAUUGGUUCAAAACCCUCCUGCUCUCACCUGGACUGCAGAUCUAAUGCAGGAGGUUCCCGGUUCAAAACCCUCCUGCUCUCAUCUGACUCAUCUAUGCAGAAGUUAUUGGUUCAAAACCCUCCUGCUCUCAUCUGGACUAGUAGUAGAUCUAGUACAGGAGGUUCCUGGUUCAAAACCCUCCUGCUCUCAUCUGGACUCCGUUAGCAGAUCUAGUACUAUAAUCAAUGUUAGUUCACAUCUGGACUCUGCAUAACUAGUGCAGGAGGUUCCUGGUUCAAACCCCUCCUGCUCUCAUCUGGACUCUAGUAGUAGA